CAAAAAGAAGAAGAAGAACUACACUCCAGCCAUUUCACAUGAGAAGGGCGCCAAAGAGAGUUUGGCCAUUUUUGUGUAAGAAAGACGAAGUGAAGGGAAGAGGACGCUGGUCUGACUAUACAUAUCCGAAAGCUGCAGCACAUUUUUAGCUUUAUCCUCAUUUCUUCACGAUGGCACACACGCGCGAGGAAGCGCUGCAGACGACCUCAGACAGUGAGGAAGAGUUUACCUGUUCUUCAGAAGACGACGAAGAUAUGGAGGACGAAAGCUUUCAUUUUAAGAAGCGAUUUGAUAUAACAAAGGAUACAGUUUGUAACGAGAAUGUGGCGCCUUCAGGUUCAUAUCGCACAAGGGCGGCAAGCAAGCGUCGUUCAGUUUUCAGCACUGAAGACAAUCUUAGCCAAUGUGAGAGUGACAGUGACCAGAUGCCUGCUGCAAAGAGAGCCAGGACUCUUUCAUGGAAAGCAAUGACUGAUGUUGACCAGGUUGUACAGACUCUGAGAUUCCUGCCUGCUCGGGAACCUGGACCGCACUUGUCUGCUGCUGACUCGCGCUCUCCCAUGAGUCUUUUCAAACUGUUUUUCACAGAGAGCGCCGUGACAAACCUGUGCCACAACACAAAUGCUCAGGCUGCCAGGUCAAUUGCAAAGGGCCGCAAGUACAAAUGGACAGAUGUCAGUGUUGAUGAGCUGUACCGCUACAUCGGACUCGUAUUCUACAUGGCUGCGGUGAAGAUGAGCUCCAUCGCUGACUACUGGCGGCAGGACAGUCUUUUCUCUCUGCCUUUUCCCGCCACAGUUAUGCCAAGGGACAGAUACCGCAUCAUUUCCUGGAAUGUACACAUGAGUCACCCAGACGCAGACAAGGAAAACGACAGAAAGAGGGGUACAGCCCAACAUGACCGUCUGUUCAGGAUCAAACCCCUCAUGAACACUAUUCGUCUCGCGUGCAAAGCCUUCUAUCAUCCUAGAAGAAAUUUAGCUGUGAAGGAGAGAUUGGUGGCAUGCAGAGCAAAUAUAGGAAUGACGGCGUACAUGAAAGCCAAGCUGACAAAGUUCAAGUUUUUUGUCCUUUCAGACUCAUCAAAUGGAUAUACUGUGGACUUCUCUGUCUACACGGGCAAGAACAGCUUUCCUGCAGACCGUGGGCUUUCGUAUGAUGCUGUGAUGUCUCUCCUGGACCGUAAACUUUUGGGCUCUGGGUACCAUGUGUACAUGGAUGAUUUCUACACGAGUCACAAGCUCUUGACAGACCUGUUUGCUCAGAAGUUUGGUGCUUGUGGGACGUACAGAGACCAGAGGAAGGACUUCCCGAAGACUGCAGCUAAUUCGCUGAGCAGAAGCUCCGGCAGGGGAUCCAUCAGGUGGAUUCGGGACGGGCCUCUCGUGUGUGUGAAGUGGAUGGACACGCAAGUAGUGUCUGUUUGUUCCACCAUCCAUGCUGCCUAUACAGGAGAGCGUGUGCAAAGGAAAAUCAAAGCACAAGAUACAUGGAAGACGAAGUCUUUUCCGUGUCCUGCACCUGUGAUUGCAUACAACCAGCACAUGGGGGGUGUUGAUCUGUCCGAUCAGCUGCUGCAAUACUACACUGCACAGCACAAAACCAUGAAGUGGUACAGAAAAAUCUUCCUACACUUCUUGGACAUUGCCGCCAACAAUGCUUUCAUAUUGCACAAAGAGCUGCACGGCAACAUGACUCACGAUCAGUUCAUGGAGGAGCUUAUUGCAGAGCUCUGUGGCUUGUCACAGAAAGCAGCACCAAAACAGUUUAGCACAGACCACGUGCCAAUUCCAGGAGCUGAGCUGACUUCAGACGUCAGAAGAAUUGCUACUGUCGGUCGCCGGAUCUGUGUGCAUUGCAAAGCAGUGCUUGGAAAGAAGCAACAGACACCUUGGAAAUGCAAGGCUUGUGAUGUUCACUUGUGUCUUCAGUUGAACAGAAACUGUUUCCAGGAAUGGCACAAAAGUCUGUGAUUGCGUUAAAAUUGGGUCUGCAAAAAAUGCAAUGAAAGAUGUAAAACAUUUAGAAAAUUUUUGCAAACCUCAGGCAAAUACAUUUGUGUUCAUUAACAAAAUCUAUGAAAUGGAAGGCCAACAUGUUCAGAAAGAGACAAAUUAACAAUUUAAAAAGACUUGAAGGAAAAAAAAAAAAAACGCUCAAUAUUUGGCCAGUUGUCUUUUGAAAACUUUUUUUUCUUUUCCUCUUAUACAAAUGUACAAAAUAUUUUUUGUUUACUUUUUAAAGCAGUAGGCUACAUUAUUAAUACCCCAAUAAAGUUUUAUUGACACUGAA